UUGGUCUGACUGAGUAAUUCUCGAUUGCUUGCUUCCCAAGGUGAAUUGCAGGGGAAGAGAGAGGCGAAGGAAGAGCAGGGAAAGAUGAUUGAAGUGGUGUUGAACGAUCGUCUGGGAAAGAAAGUUAGAGUGAAGUGCAACGACGAUGACACCAUCGGAGACUUGAAGAAGCUCGUUGCUGCUCAGACGGGAACGAGAGCUGAGAAGAUCAGGAUUCAGAAGUGGUACAACAUCUAUAAGGAUCACAUCACCCUAAAAGACUAUGAGAUUCAUGACGGCAUGGGCCUUGAACUCUACUACAACUAAAUUGUCUGUCCAAUCAAGGUAUGAUGGUUAGGUGUGGGUGUUGGAAAUUGUCUCUCGGUCCAGAGGAGAGGCAAUACAUGAUCAGAACUCAA